AUGGAAAAUUGCAUUUUUGGAAUUUGCAAUAAUGCGAUGGGCGAACGACGGGAAUUGAACCCGCGCAUGGUGGAUUCACAAUCCACUGCCUUGAUCCACUUGGCUACAUCCGCCCCUUAUCCAGCUAAAGGAUUUUCUCUUUUUUCCAUUCAUUAUUAUUCUAUUUAUUCUGACCUCCAUACCUCGAUCGAGAUAGUGGACAUAGGAUGCCACUCUUUAAAAUGA